AUGCCCAGCAACAAGCUCUACAACGAGAUCAUGGAAGGGAGCGACCCAGCCGACGUUACCUACUCCCUGGAGACAGUUAAGGGUCUGGUGCAGGAAUUCAAGACCAUGGACGUGGACAACGAUGGAUUGGUCGACUUGACCGUCCUUAAAGAGUCCUACGGCAAGGAAGGCGCCAAGGCAUUCGAGGAGUUCUUCGAUGCAAACCUCGACCAGAAGGUUUCUUUCACCGAGUUCACCCUUGCGUUUCUCUUCGUUCAGCGCGCCGCCGGGUACCCCAACAAGGUUUGA